CACAUCUGCACCUCCAGACACAAAAAGCAGCUGGCUGACCCGGGGUGGGAGCUGCGGGCCAUCUUAGCGCCCUUGGCCCGCGUCCUGUGCCGCGCACGGAGACGGGAGACACCCGCUGUCCUGCCUGCUAUGGGAUGGAUGAAGAAGAAGAGAACCACUAUGUUUCACAGCUCAGAGAAGUCUACAGCAGCUGUGACACAACCGGGACAGGCUUUCUGGACCGGGAGGAACUGACCCAACUUUGCCUUAAGCUUCAUCUGGAAAAGCAGCUGCCCAUCCUUUUGCAAACACUUCUUGGAAAUGACCACUUUUCCAGGGUUAACUUUGAGGAGUUUAAGGAAGGUUUUGUGGCAGUGUUGUCAUCAGAUGCUGGUGUUGGUCUCUCAGAUGAAGACAGUAGUUCUUUGGAAUCAGCUGCCUCCCGUGCUGUCCCACCCAAGUAUGUGAGUGGCUCUAAAUGGUAUGGUCGUAGGAGCCGGCCUGAGCUGUGCAAUUCUGCGACUGGAGACAAAUGUUUAGCAGAACAGCAAGCCAAGGCCACUGUGAGACACCAACUUCGGCGCUCUGUAUCUCUGGAAAGUGUGGAGAGUCUCAAGUCAGAUGAAGAAGCCGAAAGUGCUAAAGAAUCUCAGAAUGAGUUGUUUGAAACACAAGGCCAGCUGCCAACCUGGGGUUCCGAGGUCUUUGGGAGCCCCCAGAAGUCCUGCAGCCCGUUGUUUGACACCCCUGAGAGCCAGGUCCGGGGCAUCUGGGAAGAGCUGGGCGUUGGCAGCAGUGGUCACCUCAAUGAACAGGAGCUGGCUCUGGUCUGCCAGAGCAUCGGGCUCCAGGGACUCAAGAAAGAGGAAUUGGAAGACCUAUUUAACAAACUGGAUCAAGACCGAGAUGGCAGAGUGAGUCUUGAGGAAUUCCAGCUUGGCCUGUAUAAUCAUGGGCCCACUUCACUUCUGGAAUCUUCCACUCCUGUCAAGCUGAGCAGGUCCUGGUCUCAUUACCAGGUCCUGGAGGAGGGUGACUGCCGUACCACCACGACAUCGUCCCUUGUGUCCAUGUGCUCAGGCCCGCGCCUCUUCUGCAGCAUUGACAAUGGCACUGGCUUUGCCUGUCCCGAGCAGCUCUUUGCCCUGUGGGCCCAGGAGGGGGUUCAGAACGGCAGGGAGGUCUUCCAGAGCCUCGACUUCAGUUUGGAUGAGAAGGUGAACCUUUUGGAGCUGACCUGGGCCCUUGAGAAUGAGCUCAUGAUGGUCAGCAGUCCCACUCAGCAGGCGGCCUUGGCCUGCUACCGCCAGGAGCUACGCUUCCUCCAGGGGCAAGUGGAGCAGAUGGUAAAGGAGCGAGACAAGGCAAGGAAGGAUCUAGAGAAAGCUGAGAAGAGGAACCUGGAAUUUGUGAAAGAGAUGGACGACUGCCACUGCGCCCUGGAGCAGCUCACGGAGAAGAAGAUCAAACACCUGGAGCAGGGUUACAGAGAAAGGCUGAGUCUCCUGCGGUCAGAGGUGGAGGUGGAGCAUGAGUUAUUCUGGGAACAGGCCCUCAGGCAGCGGGCCUCAUUAGAGAAGGACCUGGAGCACCUGCAGGCUGAAGAGGCAAGCCUCCGAGAGAAGCUGACCCUGGCCCUGAAGGAAAACAGUCGAUUACAGAAGGAGAUUAUUGAAGUUGUGGAAAAGCUUUCAGAAUCAGAGAAGCUGGCCCUGAAACUGCAGAAUGAUCUGCAGUUUGUGUUGAAAGACAAGCUGGAGCCACAUAGCACAGAACUCCUGGCCCAGGAGGAGCGGUUCGAGGAAGUCCUGAAAGAGUAUGAGCUCAAGUGCAGGGACCUACAGGACCAAAAUGACGAACUGCAGGCUGCACUGGAGGGCCUGCGGGCAUGGUUGCCCCAGAGUUGGCACAGCUGGCCCCAUGCACAGGCAGACAGACAGUUGCUCCCUAGACAUGGCCGAGCAGGCAUCAUCUCCUCUGUGGGUGAUUCCACUCCAGUGAGUAUAGAAACGGAGAUAAUGAUGGAGCAAGUGAAGGAACAUUACCAAGACCUCAAGAUCCAGCUAGAGACUAAGGUAAAUUUCUAUGAAAGGGAAAUUGAGGUGAUAAAAAAAGACUUUGCAAAGGAGAGAAAUGAAAUGGAACAGGCUUUCAAGCUUGAGGUCAGUGUACUGGAGGAUCAGAAAGCUGACCUGGAGACACUCCAUGUGAAGUCUCAGGAGGUCAUCCGAGGCCUGCAAGACCAGCUCCAGAGUGCAGCCCUUGGCCCUGAGCUGGAGAGGAAGUUCGAGCUGGAGAAGGUGGAGAUGGAGCAGUGCUACACGCAGGCGCUGUCUGGCCUGGCCCAGCGGCUAGCCCAGGAGAAGGACCAACUGGAGGAGGAGCUGCAUCGGAGGCAUCAGCACAAGCUACAGCAGAUGAGAAUUGAGUUGGAUAGAAUUUUUGAAGAAAACACGUUGUUUAAAAAUGAGCUGGGAAGGAUUCAACAGGAGCUUGAAUGUACAGAAAGGACAAAUGAUACACAGAGGAAGGAAAUUGAGGUUUUAAAGAAAGACAAAGAAAAGACCUCCUCUGAAAUGGAAGAGCUCAACAAACAGAGUCAGAAAUGCAAGGAUGAAUUGUCCCAACUCAACCAGAGGGUCCUUCAGCUGGGAGAAGAGGCCUCUACCCAACAGGCCCAAAACGAGAAGAAUUACAUCACCAUUCAGCUGUUAACACAGCGACUGGAGGAGGCCAGAUGCCGGGAGGAACUGCAGGGUGACCAAAUCCAAAAACUUGAACUUGAACUUGAACACAUGAAUCAGGAAUGUCAGAACCUAAGACUGUCACAGUCACAUCUCAGAGAGACCCUUAAAAAAAGUCAAAACCAGCUGCAUGGAGCCAACCCGAGGCUGGCACAGUCCCAGCACUCGCAGGCAGUCCACCAACUGCGGGAGCAGGUGGAGCAGAGGGUGCCUCUGAUGGGCUGUGUGGCUGCGCUGCAGCAGCUGCUGGAAAGGAAGUGGUGCGCAGCUCAGCAGUUCUGCAAGGAGUGCACCCUCCAGGAGGAGAAAGGGAGGCGACUGGAAGCACAGCGGGAAGAACAUAAAAAACAGCUUAAAGACGCAGAAGAGCGGGUAGAAGAGGUGGAAAUGAUUUUGAAGAACAUGGAAAUGCUCCUACAAGAAAAAGUGGGUGAGCUGGGAGAACAGUUUGAGAAGAACACAAAAUCCGAUUUGCUGCUCAAGGACCUCUAUGUGGAAAAUGCUCAUCUGAUGAAAGCACUUCAGGUCACUGAAGAGAAACAACGAGGGGCUGAGAGAAAAAACCGCAUCUUGGAAGAAAAAGUUAGAGCUCUCAACAGACUGAUCAGUAAGGUCACUUCAGCAUCCCUCUCUGUGUAAAAGACUGUUUUCCUGGAAUUCAUUUUGAAAGAGCAUCUUUUACAAUUAAGCGACUGUGAUUCCAUAAUUUUCUAUGGCUCAUUGGCCAUGCACCCCUGGACAUAUGAGCCAGAUGCUAGGGAAAUAGACAUGUUGGAAAAGACUACAUUUUUGUAAGUGAUCCUGGAUAAUUUCCUUGUAAAAUUGCCAAUUGUGUCACUCAGUGGUGAAAUCAGAUUAUGGGGGCUCUCAGCAACAAACGACUAAAGAAAAUGGUAAAACGAUUUCAAUGUUGUGCUUUUGACUUUGCCUGCAGAGAUUAAAAUGCAAAAUUAGGGCUCUGUACAGUUUUACCAUUCCUGUUACUACUUUGGGUUUAGAUCAUUAGUAUUCUCAAUGGUGGGUCUAUACAAACAUUACAGAAAGGCUUCACUUGCUGUUACUGACACUCAGAGAUAAAGGACAAAGGACUGGAAGUACCUUCAGAUGUUUGGACAGUGCUUAUUUUAGGUCUGUAGACUCAGGGAUGAUGGGAUUUACUGUGAAUGCAGUCUUCUCCUCAUUAAAAUGUCAUCACACUGGAAAUUGUAUUAUAUGUUAAAAAAAGUAUCCA